AUGGAUGUCGAUCCAUUAGAUUAUAUUGACUUCAGUGACGAUGGUUUGUCGAAUGAAAUGGAACAUGAUGAAAUGGGAGACGACAUACUUGAUGAAAUAGAAGAAGACUUACCUAAUAAUAUGUCGAAUGCAAUUCUGUUAUCAUCGACAAAGAAUAAUGAUGUUUUGAUUGAGGUUGGAAUGACAUUUCCUGAACGGAAUGAUAUAGUAGAAUUGUAUACAACAUUAGGUAGGGCAAAAGACAAAUGUCCCGAUGCUGCAAAAUGUUUGCUAGAAAAAUUCAAUGAGGCGGGUUUGCCUACUGGAAAGGUGGCCAUUAUCUUCAAAAGCCAUGAUUUAGGGUUUGAUAGUCGAGAUUGUUAUAAUCAUAUGAAAAAUGUGAGAAAAAGAAUAUAUGACGUUGGGGAUGCACAAUCUGUUCUACUUUAUUGUAUUAAGCAACAAUCAUUGAAUCCAGAUUUCAUUUAUUGUAUAAAGUGUGAUGAUGAUGAUCGGAUGUCCCUCUUAUUCGGAUGUGCUUUAUUACAAGAUGAAACUGAAGAUACUUUUGUAUGGCUUUUUGAGGAAUGGCUUCGAGCAAUGAAUGGGAAACAUCCAGUUGCCAUAAUACUGACCAGCAAUGCAGUCAACAAAUUUUUUCCAAACACCAAACACCGAUUUUGUUUGUGGCAUAUUAUGAGAAAAUUUCCAGAGAAGUUGUCCCAUCUCUACCAUGAGCAUGCGUCAUUCAAGAGGCAUCUUAAUAACUGUAUUUGGAGCACCAAGAGCACUCAAGAGUUUGAAGAUAGAUGGCAGAGUCUUCUUCUUCAGUAUGGUCUUACUGAAAAUGAGUGGUUAAAAGUACUUUACACAAUUAGAUCUUCUUGGGUACCAAUAUUUAACUGUUCCACUUUCUUUGCUGGUAUGAACACUACUCAACGUAGCGAAAGUAUAAAUUCAUUCUUUGAUGGUUUUGUUACAUCUGGCACAACUUUAAAGGAAUUUGUGGAGAAAUAUAAUCAAGCAAUAGAUGCUCGCUAUGAGUCAUUCAAAAAAGAAGACUUUGAAUCUAAGCACAAAGAUAGGUUUUUGACAUUUAAUAUGCCAUUGGAGGAGCAUGCUGCUAAAGUGUAUACCCGUGCAAUUUUUUUAAAGUUUUGCCAUCAACUUUCUCUUAGUCUACGAUUUUCUAAGGAGAAACUUGGAAAUGAUUGUGAGUGGGUUAUUUACCGAGUUUUUAAUAAGAAAGACAUAGAAGAUUUUACAACAGUUGAGAUGAAAUUGGAAAACAAAGAAGCUAGGUGUUCUUGCCAUUAUUUUGAGUUCAUGGGAAUCCUAUGUCGACAUGUUCUUGCAAUUUUUUUUAUUGAAAAUGUUGAGCAGAUUCCUGAACACUUCAUUUUGCAGCGUUGCAGCAAGGAAGGAUAUGUCAUACCAAGCCUAGAGAGGGAUAAAUGUACCUCAGAUGGAGAUAGACUUCUUCGCAGCUUUCAUUUACGCUCUAGAUAUUCCAAACUUGAUGACCUUGCAUAUAAGUCAGAUGAAGCAUUUAAAUUAAUUUGUGAUGGUAUUGAUUCUCUAUGUAAAAUUGUAGAACAAGUUCCAGCAUCUGAAGAGAGUAGUGCUCUUGAGGACUCUAAUUUACAGUUGUUGGGUUCUCAUCACGAAGAGCCUUUUUCAAUGAACUUGAGGGAUCCAAAUAUUUCGCAAACGAAAGGGCGGAAAAGGGACUCACAAAGCACUUCACAGGGACGCAGGAUUCGUAGCGGGAUUGUAGAAGCAUUAAAGCAUACUAAUAUUUGUGGCAAUUGUAAGAAGAGAGGACAUAAUAAAUGCACUUGUAAAGAAAUAAAUCUAGAUUCAUUUUAG